GGUAGGUAUAAAAUUAGCAGACCAGGUUGAUGCCCGAUAGGUAGUAGUAUACUUGCCAUAACUUCGGCUCAUCAACCAUAGCUACCCGUCUCACGAUAUAAUAUGGCUUCGACGCGGUACUGGCUGGACAGGCUCUACCUCGUCUAUUUUCUUGUUCACCUCCCGGUUCUCUUUUGUGUCGACCUUGUGCCACUCUAUCCGACCGCCCUCUGGGUACCCCCUUCGUCGCCGCUCCACUUCCUAUAUGAUUUGCGAGUUUAUUACAUAGAGACGUACAACGACCAAUUCUUCGCACCGCCCCCCGCGCCAAUCCCCAGCUUCUUUCCACUUUUCGCCUUUCUGGAGCUCGUCUUCCAUCUGCCGGUGUCGCUGUGGGCAGUGGGCGCGUUCCUUCGCGGUGAUGGCGGUAAACAGAGCGCUCUGGGUGGCCGUUCCGAGCUACUGCUGCUCGUCUACGGUAUUGAGACAGCGCUGACGACAGCGACGUGCAUGUACGAGGCUUUGCUUUGGGACCCAGCCGUAGUGACCGUGCAGCAGAAGGUGGUGCUAUUGGGCGGAUUGUAUGGUGGUUAUCUAGCCGUCGCGAUUCUCUUAACCAGCGACAUGUACACACGGCUAGUCAACCGUCUCGACGCGGUUGAAGCUAGGAAGAAGGCUGAGUAGCUGCCUGGUAGCUAUGGGGCCGUUAUUCGACCUGGAGCUUUGGUGUUUCGUCGCAGACGUAACCGGCGUUUCGUUUCCUCUGACAACAUUUCCGUGACUUGUUUAUAGGUACACGCA